AAAGGGAACAAAUGCACUCCACCAUAAUGCUGAUGUCACUCCUUAAACUGACUGAUCUGGAUUCUAAGCCUUCAGCAUUUCCUGUUACUCUCCUCCCUGUGUGAGAGCUUCAGAGAGUUGUUCCCCACCCUCAAUAUUCCCCAAACUAGGGAACAAGAUUUGUUUCACCCAGAUACCUCUGUUCCUCCAGAGGAGAAUUUGCUUAUUUCUCAUGUCUUCUCAGCUGUCAAGACGACCACCCUGGGCCCCACCAACACUGCCACCACCACCACAGCUGGCCUCAGUGUCUCAGAGGGCAAAAGGAGCUCAGAGUUUUGGCCCCUGAGUCUGGGAGCCAUGAUUGGGGUGGCACUGGCCUGCGCUGUGCUCAUAACUGUGAUUUUGGGACUGAUGGUCUACCUCAGGUGGAAGAGAAGGAAAGGUCUGCGCACUAAAGCCAGAACCCCAGCCAGGGGAUCCUUCCAGAACACUGAGGAGGAGUACGAGAAUAUUGGGAAUAAAGGACAAUAUACAGACCCCAAGCAGGACCCCAAGGAUGAUGGCAUCGUCUAUGCCUCCCUUGCCCUCUCCAGCUCCACCUCACCAGCAGCACCUCCCUGCCCCCCUCUCAGUGGGAGCCCCCAGGAAGAGACUCUGUACUCUAACUUAAAGGCCUAAGGAGUGGACUGAAUGAUGACCUCCUUAGAGUGAGCUGUGCAGAGGGUCUCAGCUUCCAA